GAACCGCCCCCAAAUCUGCCACUGCUCUACCAAGUUGCGUUCCGUUUGCGCUCUUCUGUGAGAGCUUCUUAAUCAAAAUUCUCGAUUGAAAAUGAGAACGUAAAAAGGGGCAGAAAGAUAUAGCUACUUUCAACAACCUCUGAGAAUGUCACUGCGAACCAGGGCAGGAUUUUAUCGCCAGGACAUUAACAGAACCGUUUGGGACGUGCCGGAGAGAUACAGAGAUCUUAUUCAGAUAGGAACGGGAGCAUACGGAACGGUCUGUUCCGCCAUUGACCGUAAGACAGGAGUGCGUGUGGCCAUCAAGAAACUCCACCGGCCGUUCCAGUCCAGACUGUUCGCCAAACGCGCUUACAGAGAGCUACGACUCCUCAAGCACAUGAAACAUGAGAAUGUUAUUGGGCUUCUGGAUGUCUUUACCUCGGAAAUCUUGUUGGACAGAUUUCAGGAUUUUUACCUGGUGAUGCCAUUUAUGGGAACUGAUCUGGGAAAGCUGAUGAAAAUGGAGAGACUAUCCGAGGACAGGGUGCAGUUUCUGGUCUAUCAGAUACUGAGGGGUCUCAAGUACAUUCAUUCAGCCGGGAUCAUUCACAGGGAUCUCAAACCAGGAAAUCUGGCAGUGAACCAGGACUGUGAGCUGAAGAUCCUGGACUUUGGACUCGCACGUCAGGCAGAUUCAGAAAUGACGGGUUAUGUGGUGACUCGUUGGUACAGAGCACCUGAGGUUAUCCUCAACUGGAUGCACUACUCACAAACAGUUGAUAUCUGGUCAGUGGGCUGCAUCAUGGCGGAGAUGUUGCUUGGAAGGCCACUUUUUAAAGGAAAUGACCACUUGGACCAGCUAAGAGAGAUCAUGAAAAUCACAGGAACGCCAGCACCAGAUUUCAUAAUGAAGCUACAAAGCCAAGAUGCCAAAAACUACAUCAGAGGUCUACCUAAAGUACCAAAGAAAGACUUAAACACUUUUUUCUUCAAAGCCAGCACAAAGGCGGUGAGUGCUCUGGAGCAGAUGCUUGUUCUGGAUCCAGAAAAACGUGUGAGCGCUGCAGAGGCGCUUGAGCUCCCCCUGUUUACGGAGUUCAGAGAACCCGAGGAAGAGACGGAGGCCCUGCCGUAUGACCACUCCAUGGACAACACAGAACUGCCUCUGGAGCAAUGGAAACGUCACACUUUUACAGAGAUCCUAUCAUUCCAGCCACCCGUCACAGAGAUCAGAGACCCUAAAGAAACAUCCCUCUGAGAGAUGUCGCAGAUACACAAACUGCACAUAUCUCAUGGCAUUGAUAUGCAUAAAUGUGUGAAAAAAGAGAGAGAGAUUGAGAGAGAGAGAACAGAAAAUGGAAUGAAUGUAAACUGUAUGACUUUGUAAGUAAAUGUUAGUGAGUUUGUCACAAUGUUGCUCAGCUCAUAAGGUUGUGUGAAUUAUCUUUCUUAAACGCUUUGAAUAUGUAAAAUCCAUUUUAACUGCAACCAAAAGCACCCCAAAAACAUUGUAUUGGAGUAUGAUUUCAGUGUGCCAGUAGACAAUAUAUUUACUUUACCGAUCACUUAUUUAACUUAUUAAUGCAAUAGUUCACACAGAAUAUGCCAUGAUUAGCACAUUUAACACCACACUUCUUUUUUUAUUAAUGAGUGUCUCAUUAUUUGUUAUUAAUAAAACUGAUUAUUUUUUUCAGUAAAUAAUGUGAGGUAAAAUAUUUA